CGCAGUACCUUCCUGGGUUGUUAUGGUUCCUCACGUGUGUGAAUGUAUACCCAAACCUGUCUUUAGUCGCUCCACACCUCGACCAACCUCAAUUAUCCGUUUUUUUUAUUUAAUUUUAUUAUAUUUAUAGUAUAGUUACUGCUGCUGCGACGAAGUGACAAGCGUGUCAGACGAAGGCUGAAGUCGGGGAAGAAGCUCGCGUUAGCUUUAGCAUAGCAUCAUGGCUUCUGUGGUGAAAUUGAUUGCUGGCAGCUACGAGCAAAUAGCUUUCGGCUACAAUGUUCAAACUGACGACAAUGAGUGGACCGCCGAGGCCGACUUCACACACCAUGCACACACCGCAUCCCUUUCGGUGGUGGCGGCCAGCGAGAAGUUUGUUGUCACGGGCAGCAAAGAUGAGACCAUACAGCUGUACGACAUGAAGAAGAAACUGGAACACGGCGUUUUGCAGCAUCACAACGGCUCCAUCACCUGUCUGGAGUUCUAUGCGUCAUAUUUAAUAAGCGGAGGAGAGGAUGGACUGAUGUGUGUCUGGAGCAUAAAGAAGUGGGAGUGCCUCAAGUCCAUCAAAGCCCACAAAGGCCAAGUCACGUCGCUUUCUGUGCAUCCGUCUGGGAAACUUGCCUUGUCAGUAGGCACGGAUAAGACCCUCAGAACGUGGAAUCUAAUGACCGGAAGAUCUGCCUUCAUCAAGAACAUAAAACAGAACGCACACAUCGUGCGGUGGUCUCCAGACGGGAGAAAAUACGUGGUGGUCAUCAUCAACCAGCUGGACCUUUAUGACUUGGAGACAGCUUUGGUGACCAAGACGCUGAAGAACCCCAAGAGGAUUUCAUCUGUCAAGUUCUUAAACAAUACAAUUCUGGUGGUUGCGGGCGAUGAUGAAAUAGUGAGACUGUGUGAUGUUGACAAGCAGGAAUGGAUGUGUGAGUUCAAGGCUCAUGAAACCAGGGUGAAAGCGGUGGAGAGCUUCAAAAUGGACGACCACUGCGUGAUUGUCACGGCUUCCAACGACGGAUUCAUCAAAAUGUGGAAGCUGCGCCUGAAUGAGGAGCUCGAAUGUCCCACCCUCCUGGGGGAAGUGAACACCACAGCCAGGCUGACUUGUUUGGCUGUGUGGAAGCCUCAAACAGUGAAGCCAACCAAAGAAGAAGAAACCAACAUAGCACCAACAUCAUCAAAAGAAGACGUUCAGAAGCUCCUAAAGACCAAGAAAGUCCGCAUUGCCCCAGAGGAAGUCAUUCUGGAAGAUGAAAGCAAGCCUAAAAAUAAAAAGAGAAAGGUCGGUGGAAAAUUGCAAAAAGCAGAGUAAAAAGUGUUAUUAAAACAAAAAAAAUCUAUGGGAUGAUAGUAGAAAAACUGACCUAAAAGCGUCCAAUAAAAGAUGAAUUGCAGAAGAAUGAAAAUGUGUCCAAACAUGUACACUUACUGUUGCCUGUGCUGGAAUUUCAAUGACAAAUACACCACAGGGUGGCGCUGUUAUUAAACCCCCAAAAUUGGACGGACUUGAAAUUUCUCACAUGGGCACACAAAAACACCUGCAGUAAUUUAAGGUCGCAGUGUUUGGUACACAGCUUUAGACUGUGUUUGCAAUUUCAGAAAGGUUGGUUUAAAAAAACAUAUUUUAAUGCAUUUUGUGUAUUAAAGAUUUGUGUUAUAGGUAACAGAGCAACUUUGUGCUAAAUCUAAUAAUCAUUUUAUUCAACGCUUUGUAAUCCAGGAUAUGAUCUAGCAGUUUUACACACUUUUGUGUUUGCCUUUUUAUAUUUCACCUUAAAAACUGUUCACCUUACCUUGGUGGAGAUUUUGUGUGGUACAUUCUGACCUGUGUGCUUGUACAUUGUCUUGUUUUGAAAAUAAAUGUUUUUAUCCACCCCAAGAAAGCUGAAUCUACUAACA